UCAGCAAAGUUAGUUCAGGUCAAGUGAAAAUAUGGUUGCCUUCUGCUUGUGUCUUUGUCUUAUGCUCGUCCCUACAGUGAUCUCUACUAACUAUAAUCUUCGUCCUGGGUCUAGUAGUGAAUCAUGUACUAUUCUGAACGAGCCUGUACUAAACUGCAGUGACAUCAGCACGUUACUCCUCUCAAUACAAAGUCUUGAGCCAGUGACUGUCACCCUCUCUCCUGGAGAAUACACUCUACUGGAGGAGAACUUCACCCUGGACUAUUCUCUGAGUAUUAUUUCUCUUGAAAGAGAUGCUGUUAUAUCCUGUAGGCCUGAUAUAGACUCUUCUCCAGCCAAUAUAUCACAAAUAACCUUCUCCAAUGUCAGCCAUGUCUCCUUUAGUGGUGUCACUUUUAGAGGCUGUUACUCACUGAGAAUGGAUGAGGUGGACAACGUUACAAUUAAUGACUGCAUUUUUAGAGAUUUCCUAUCUCCUUCAGUUGACAUUAAAAACUCACUAACAAUUACCAUACUCAACACGUCCUUCAUCAACAACUCGGUAACUACUAACAACCAAAGAUUCAGAGCAGAUGCUGCCGGUCUCUCUCUCUCCUAUUUCUUCUCGUCUUACCCACAAAUUCCUCGAGUUUUCGUAAAUGUCACAAACUGUACUUUUAAGAACAACAGAGGGGAAGUACCCUCUCAGUUACUUAGCCAACAGAUCAGCCAAGUUCUUAAUCAGCAGUAUUACCCAGCAAGAGGAGGAGCACUGGGUAUAAUAAUAACUGAGAGAUACGUAAAUGUCACUGGUAUUUUCGAAGACAUACACUUUCUUAAUAAUUACGCCGAAUCGUUUGGUGGGGCAGUUUAUAUUGGACUGGAUGGUAGGGAAGUUGCUCACUCAUUGAAGUUUAGGAGAUGCAAAUUUAUCCAUAAUGUAUGUGAUGGAGGGGCUGGUGCAUUUCUUAUUGCCUAUCUUAAGAUUAGACACGAUGAGCAACUGAGUGUGACUGUAAUAGAAGACAGCGAGUUUAUUAAUAAUACUGCACAUACUGGAGGAGGGAUCCUAUCGUUACAGACUCGAUUAAAUGGUAGUCAUGAUUACCUUGUCGUUCGAAGAUCAGCUUUUACUGGUAAUAAAGGAGAGCAAGGAGCCGCCAUAGCAUUUGCUUCUUUAUUCAACGUACAGACACAAGAUACUAUCAUACCAUCUAUAGUAGAGAAUUGUAAUUUCACUGCUCAUGAUUCAAAUGGUGGGACACUCAUUGCUGGUUUCACUCACAUUGCUCUACAAGGAGCUAAUGACUUCAUAGAUAACAGAGGACCAACAUUAAGAGUCAUUGGUUGUCUCCUACUAGUGAGAGGCUCUCUCUCAUUCAUUGGUAAUGAUGUGACCAUUUCUGGUGGGGCUGCCAUGCACUUCACUGCUUUUGCCCAAAUGAAGCUAUACAAGACAGCUCAGAUAUUCUUUAUCAACAACACUGGAAUACUUGGUGCUUCAAUUAGAGUUGAUCUCCAAAGGUUUCCAUCAGUUUUUACUCAGUUACUGUUCAACCCACUUUGUUUCAUUUUGUAUGAAGAUGAGAAUACAGCACCAGUUGAUUGGAAUCCACGUAUGAUACAUUUUCAUGGCAAUCAUGCUCAGCUAGGAUCAGUAAUGUACAUGUCUUACUUUGACCUUUGCUCCUAUUACAGCAGUGAUCGGGACAACUAUAACAACAUAUUCAGCAUCAAGAGCUUUCCUUCAUGGCCAGUAUUUGAAUUUGGUGAAAACAACAAUACGUUUCACGAGGAUUCAACCAACAGUUCAUAUUAUAUGCAGACUCCAGCUAUCACCAUUGAUGUGAACUCAUUUACAGAUAGCACUAUUUCGCUCAGACCAGGAGAAGAUAAAACGCUCCACAUAACAGGCCUGGAUCAGUUCAAUAAUCCAACAUAUUUUGUUGCUCGUGUCAUUGACGAGAAUGAAAGUCUAAGAGCCACCCUCUCCUCUCUAUUCACCAUCACUGAUGACUUCAACCCUCCAGCAGACUACAGUGAAGUGUACAUGGGAAAGAAUGAGGUAUCAGCUAUAUUCAGUCCCAGUCUGUUACCAGUCUAUCCUAAUAAAUCAAGUGAGGUGGAGUACACCUUGAGACUGCCCUCUAGUGUAAGGACACAGCAACUGACUGUAUACACUGCCAGUGAUAAGAGGGUACUGGUACAGAUUGAUAAUCCCAAUGGAAUUGCAUACAACUACCUCAAUCUCUCAUUCCACGUAUUGCCCUGUCCUCCUGGCUAUGAUCUACAAGUGUCCCCUGAUAACAAUGCUGAGUAUACUUGUGUCUGUACUGGAGCUAGAGAUGAUCCUUUUGCUGUACUGGACUGUGAUGAGAGUCAUGAUGCCAUCCUCUUGAGGAAUGGUUAUUGGGCUGGUUUCGAUAGAGAAGAAGCAGUUGAGGACAGUAAUCCUAAUCUUGAUGUGUACACUUGCCCAAUCACAUACUGUCAGUGUAUGAAUGACAAUAAUGAUAACUGCAUCACUGAAUACUCUUACUCACAACCUAAUCAGCAGUGCCACCCACCAAGAAUAGGUACACUAUGUGGACAGUGUGGUGAUAAUACAACUGUCACUAUACUGAGACUACAGUGUAAAGAAGGCUGUGAAGGAAACUACCAUAUCUAUUAUGCAACAGCAAUACUUAUUAUUGUUUAUGUGUUGGUUAUUGUUGCUGUACUGCUGGCAUCAGUUAAACUGGGCAUAACAUUCCCACAUUCAAUGAGGCCAAUUUUAUUUUACAUUCAGACUGUCUAUUAUACAACUGAAUAUUUUCCUAUUUCAUUCUGGAACUCUCGACAAUACAUGCUGUAUCUUGGUAACCUCCUUGGGCUUUAUUUUCCUGUUGAUUUUUGUUUCCUGAGCAAAGCUCCGUCAGUUUUACUCUUUCUCCCAAGGUUCAUUCCUCCUUUCCUGGUUUUCAUUGUACCGUUUUUCUUUCUUCGCUGGAAAAGAGGGCGGCGCAAAAUAUUUCAUGGAUUGUGGAGCCUCAUUCUGGUCACUUAUGCUCCUCUCUGCUACACCUGUAUGAUGCUACUCCAUUGUCCUAUACUAGCAGACAUUAAUGGCAGUAAUGAUGUCAUGCGUUGGUAUUUAGAUGGUAACAUUCAGUGCUUCAGAGAUGUAUCACACAUUGUUCUGGGGGUCCUGGCGAUCAUUUUCUUACUGGGUCUGAUAUUAUUGAUACCUUUAGUUGUUUUGAUGGUCAUGUUUCGGAAUCAUCAAUUCUUUCAAGAAAGAUACCCCAUACUGAUAAGUGCUAUUGAUGCACUGAAGGCUGGAUACAGAUCCCAUUGUUCAUGGUGGGGUGGCAUUGAACUAUUCAGUCGUAUGCUCCUGAUAGGAAUUGCAAUUGGACUACCAGGAAGAACAGUUGCUCCUGUGUAUCUGCUAGCAUUCCUAUUAUUUUUACACAUAUAUGUACGCCCAUACAAGUAUGCCAUUCAGAAUAUUAUUGAGGCUGUCGUUCUCUUUGACUAUUGUCUCCUGUUCAUACUUCGCUCACCAUCAUCGCUACAGGAGCUUUUAAAUCCUUAUUCAGGGACUUCAAUACCCAGUAAUUUUGGGACGGAGUUACCUUCUAAUGAUAGUAUCACUUAUUUCUAUUGGCCUUUCUUCUACCUGCCAGUGUUUAUGGGCAUUGGUGUGUGUAUUGGUUGGAUCAUAUAUAGAGUUUGGAAAGCCAAAAAGAACAGAGAAAAAGUUUUACAGGAUUGGCAAAGCAGAAACGCUCAAGCUAAUCUCCCAAUAUCAAUAGGAGUGGAUCAUUUUAUUGAUCAUGACACGAUGAUACAAGGAAAUGUUACAUUUAGUGAACUUGGAGAAUACUAUCUUGUGGAUGAGAAGCCAGUCUCUAGGGCCAUUAACAAUGCAUCAGUAAGAAAACGAAAUAAAGAAGAAAGUAGUAACAAUAAUAAGAAAGAAUGACAAUUAUUAGUAUUAUCAAUUUGAACUUAUUGUUCUUUUAGUUAGUAACUGUUGAUUGUGUCAAUAUUUUUUUUAUGUCAAUUAUCUUUAUUACUA